CGUAUAAAAUUUUGAAUACCAGGCGAUUUCCCUCUAAAUUUGAAAACGCGGGUGAAAAUUCAUAAUUGAUGAAAAUAAAUAAUAAGACGAUUCUCACCUCCCGUAGCGGUUAGCAGUUACGACGUCCCGGUUCCUGAUGGAUCUGCUGAAGCGCGAGCUUCGGCGGAAGCGCCAGAUCCUGGAAGUGGACUUCGGCGGCCGAAAACUCCUGAAGCGCGCCGAGAUCGAGCGAAGGGAGAUCCAGAAGCUUCGAGAGGAGGAGCUCCGCCGAAUCCGAUGCAAAUCCCCUCCCCUCCGCCCCUCCUCCCCCGCUUCAAACCCUAACCCUAGCCCCGGAUCCCGAUCCCCCGAUCCCGAAACUGGGGAUCUGCCACGGCACGAGGUGAUCCGGCGGCUCCGCGUGCUCAGGCAGCCGAUCACCCUCUUCGGCGAGGACGACGCCGCGCGCCUCCGCCGCCUCCGCUCGGCGGUCGAGUCCGGCCCCGUCGAGAUCGACGACGACGCCGAGAUGAUGGAGGGGCAGGUCAACGACUUCCUCCGCGACAUCUACGACCUCCGCAGGAAGCAGAAGCGCUUCGGCGGCGGCAAUGGCGACGGGGAUAAGGAGGAGGGUGGGGACGGAGCCGCGGCGGCGGCAGCGGAUGCGGAUAAAGAUGAUGCGAAGAAGAUGCAGGUGGGUUGGAAGGAGCUUUACGGUGAGGAUAAGAUUCUUGUGUUCUUCAAGAGGCUUCUCGAUGAGUGGAAUCGCGAGGUGGAGGAGAUGCCGGAGGCGGAGAAGAGGACGGCAAAGGGGAAGUCGGUCGUCGCGACCUAUAAGCAGUGCGCGCGAUACAUGAAUCCGCUGUUCAAGAUGUGCAGGAAAAAGGCUCUCCCAGAUGACAUCCGAAAAGCGCUACUAGUAGUUGUGGAAUGCUGCACGAGACGGGAUUACCUGGGUGCCAUGGACCAGUACAUCAAGCUGGCUAUCGGAAAUGCACCAUGGCCGAUCGGUGUGACGAUGGUCGGUAUCCACGAGCGCUCGGCCCGUGAGAAGAUAUACACCAACAGUGUGUCUCACAUCAUGAAUGAUGAGAUCACGCGCAAGUACUUGCAAUCCGUGAAGAGGCUAAUGACCUUCUGCCAACGGCGGUACCCAACGGAUCCGUCCAGGUCGGUGGAGUUCAAUAGCUUGGCGAACGGGAGUGAUCUGCAAUCGCUUCUUGCAGAGCAGAAGGCGAGGGGUUCUGGCUCUGAAGAAAGGCUGCAAUGCAUUGCAGCAGCAUAGAUUCCCAUAUUUUUCAGCAUUAAAAACUUGCAAACCUCACGUGAUCUAUGACGCAUUUAAGACAUAGGUAUCCAAACAUUUUCUCAGCCCCCGCUUUCUGGAAAGUAAACCUAAAUGUCGAAAGUCUUGAUUUUAGUACCUAACAUUACAGUAUUCUGAAAUAGAGAAGUGAACUUUAAACGGUCUGAUUUUACUGCCCGACCUAACAAGAUAUUUUAGCACUUUGUGUGGAAUAUUCCGUAAAAUAUUAUACUUUUCGUUCUAGAUAAUGGAAUAUUCUAUAAAAGGUCUUGCAAAUAAUGUAACAUUGGGUCGUAGAAUCAGGAAAUUUUCAAGUACCUAUUUUGAGAAUACUGUAUAGUUAGGUUAGGUUAGAUCAAAACUCUUUAAAGUCCUCUUAUUAGAGUUUAGAUGCCUAUUGCAAAAUGCACUGUAGUUCAGGUAAGGUUGGUAAGUUUUAACCUCUCCCAUCUAUUUGCAUUGCUUAAGAAUGUAAGCAUUUGAGUUACAACUGUAGUUGUCGAGGCAGCAUAUGAAUUGCUUAUUUCAUUUAUCCGAAAGUGAUGCCUUGAACAUUGUGUAUUUGGUCCAUCCUUAGUGCCAUAACAGUCCUCUAUAAGGUAGCCUGGUGUGAUGCUGAUUAUCGUCCUGUCGAUGUAAUUGGUGAUUCUGUGAGUUUCUUAUGGACCUUCUAAUAAUACAGAAAUGUUAAUCGACUUAAAAUUAUUAAAA